CCUUCACAGCACAAAGGCAGGAGUUUGCCUGUUUGCAAUCCCUUGAGUUGCUUAGAGAUCAUAAACAGUGGUCAGGCUGUAGUGAAGGAUGUGCGGCUGUGCCUCUAGUUCUGGGAACCCAAGGUCAUAUUCUCUAAAGCAAGCAGAGGCUUCUUCAGCCAAACAGACAUCUUCAAAUUCAAGAAAAAUGCCCAAACGUAUUUCAAUAUCCAAGCAGCUGGCUUCUAUCAAAGGUCUACGGAAAGGCUCCGAUCUAGAGAAAGCCAUUACCACAGUAGUCUUAGUGUACAAUAAUGCUGCAGACGCUGAGGGGAAACUUAUUAGAUCUGAAGCUAAAAAGCUCCUACAAACUCAGUUUAUGCAUUUUAUACAGGGACAAGAAGGAAAACCAAAAUACCAGGAAAUCAUUGCCAGUUUCGAUGAGAAGAAGAACGAACCAAUUGACUUUGAAGAUUUUAUGGUUCAGAUGCUAAGUAUCACUCUGAUGUCUGAUCUCCUGGAAGAUAUUAAAACAUGUGCAAAAAAAUAAAUUACUGAGAAGACUGGAUAGAACUGUGAAGAAAAUGUUAAUAAUAUUAUGCUUUGACAGGAAGUUCUAGAACUGAAGAUUGCCCAUUGGUAGCCUUGGUAGAAUCAUGGAUUGUUAGACAUUACCUUUUUUACAAGGUAGAAACCUUAUCUGCAUUUGGAUUUCAAAGACCAGGUGAGAGACUAUCGGUCCAAUAAUAUGCAUGUUUAUUCAAAACAAAUCUCAUUUAAUUCUACGAGAACUCCUCCCAAAUAAUCGUUCAAUGGAUUGCAGCCUGAAGCUGAAUAGUAUGAACUCUUACUUCAUAGGAUUGGUCUGUAAGAAAUAUUUUGGAUAUACUGUAUGACAGGGGUCCCCGACCUUUGUGAGACUUUGUGAGAAUUCUGCUACAGGGUGGUCAGCAUAACCACAAAAUGGCUACCACAAGAGCCAGAGGCAGCCACAAAAUAUCAGGGAAUAACAUUAUACGUAACUCUAAUAGUAAAACCUCAGCAUUUCAGGCAGAAGCUGUUUAAUUGGAUGCCUUCUAAAAUGAACAUAUUGGUUUGUGUUUGUUUUGAUACACACAGCUUACUUUUAGUCACAUAGGGAAGGUCUUUGUGCUGUCGUGGCAGCUGCUGCCAAAGCAAUGUUUUCUUUUAAAUCUCUAAAGCCAAUCAGGUUUCCAAAGGUCAAUCAGAAGCCCUGCUGGGCAAAAGCUACUUCUGGCCCCUCCCACUUUCUAAAAACACUUGUGGGCACCAGGAAACAAGUUGGUGGGCACCAUGGCUCCCAUGGGCACCAUGCUGGGGACUAAGGACAUUUUGCUGUAGGGUAAAACUCCCUAUUUUAAUCUAAUAAUAAUUGAGCACUAGAGGCAAGCACGAACUGAAAUAUGAACUGAAGUUCAUCACAAACUGGGCUGGUUCAUGGUUUGUGAACCAGUGGGUCAUGGGAGCUCAUUUCUCAUGAACCAUGAUGAUUUUUAGCCCAGUCUGUUUGGUUCACAUUUCAGAUCAUCACUGCAGACAGCCUGGCGCCGAUCAAUCGGUUUCCUAGGCAAUGGGAGGGAUGGGCUCACUACAGAUCUUCUGCUGAUCUAGAAGUGACGUUUUUAUGAACCAAAUGAACUGGUUCACGAAGUGUGGCAAGUUCGUGAAAGUUCAUGGUUCGUUGUUUGUGAAACAUGAUGAAUCAUGAACCACACAGUUUGGAAUUUUCCAGAUUCGUGCCCAUCUCUAUUGAUCACAGUUAGGUGCUCUUCUUACGGUUCUUAUGUUCUUAUGCCAUGGUGACUAAAGGGAGCCUCCACAUUCAUAGCCAUUAAACCUCUGAAUACCAGUGCUAGGAGCAACCAUGGAGAAAGAGAGAGAGAAAAAGAGACCUUAGCCUCUAUAUCCUAUUGUUGUCCCUUCAGGGCAACUGGUUGAUCACUGUGUGAGACAGAAUGCUGGACUAGAUGGACCAGCAAGGCUCUUCUUAUGAGCUUUGUAAGUAGUAGCAUGGGAAGGAAAGCUGUAUGUAUUGGCCUCCUAACAGUUUGUUAGAAUAACUGUGCAAUCCUAAACAGAUUCACACCUUCUAAGCCCAUUGACUGCAAUGGUCUUAGAAGGGGGUAAAUCUGCUUCGGAAAGCACUGUUAGGAUUCCUACUCAUAUCAGAUGUGAUGGGAGUGCACAUCUUCAUCUGCACUAUGCAAGACAAUGGAAGAAAGAAUUAGAACAUGGGAGUUCACAUGUACAUGAUAAACUUGUCCCCGUUCAUCUGAAACAGCAUCUCCAUGUAAGUUACCUGAUAUGCAUAUAUUGUGCAUAUAACAUAGCACAGUAAGGAAAGAGGAAGCCAGUAAUGAAAGAGGAACACCCGCCUCCACCAUGUGGUCAAGAACCCUGUUUAUGUUGAAUGUAUGAACCAGCCCUGCUAAAGAACUGUGUCUGUAACCCAGAAAUUGAUUGAUCUCUCUAGGUUAUAUUAAAUAUGCUACAUUAUAGCCAAUGUAUUGGAAAGUUACUUUAGUUAAUACUGAUAUGAUAGGUGCUGCGAUUAAAUAUUGGCUUGUUAGGCCAAAUAAAAAGAUUGACUUGAUUAUUCA